UUGGCUGGCUCAGCUCAGUUGUCAAUUUAGUUUCGACAUGUUGUGUUUACGACAAAGCGCGUUUCUACAAAAUUUCUUGCUUUUAACCGGUACCUUGGUGUUGUUGCUGCUGUAUAGCAGCACCACUGAGGCAUACUCGGGUCUAAUAGCGGCCGACCCAGAUAACCCGGGCAAAUGCAUUUAUCGCGGCGAUGAGCUGAAGCUUGGCGUGAAUCUGGGUAUUGCGCCGUGUCAGCGCCUCACUUGCAAUGAGGACGGCUCAAUAUUUAUUGAGGGUUGCGGCCGGUUACGCAUCGAGAACUGCAACAACGGCGAGCGCAUACACAUGGACAAACCGUUCCCAGAAUGCUGCAAGCUGCGCUACAAGUGCAAGAAGCCCGACGGCUCGCCGUACUACAUUGAGCGCGAUGCCUUCGGCAGCGAUCAGCAGAACAAGCUGAAGCGCUGACUGGAGAGCAGCAGCGUGCGCACGAGAGAGAGGGAACGAGUGGGAGAGCAGGAGGGUGUCGAUCAAUGAUCUUGCGCGGCGUGAGUGGGUAGAUGUGUUGGUGCGCUGAGCGCUUACAAGCGAGAUACGUCUGGCGGUUGCGGUUUCGGCUGAACGUUGGAGGUUGUUUGUGCUGAUAAGGCUUACUACGGUUCAUUUGUGUCGUCUUUCUGAGUUAGCUGUAUAGAUACUAUUUGCAUAAUCUUAGUACGUAAAUAUUUUUGUUUGGAUUUAAUGUGUUAUUUUGUAUUUUUCACUUAGAUUUAGAAAUAAACAAAAGUAUAUUUAUUAUCAACAACAAA